AUGGAUACUUCCACUGAAACACACCCACACUGCGCUUCAAAUGAGCCACAUUUGCCCGUCGUCGUCAGCACACUGCAAGACGCUAGUGAUGCGCCGAGUCUAUCAUCCAGUCAUGUUUUCAUGACCGAUGACACUCCCUUGCCGAAUCUCAAACAGCUGGAUUCGAACAGCUGCGUCAUCAUCAUACAAAACAACCGCAUCGCGGAAGGAGGAACCAUCAACAUAAAUUCAAGUUACUGCAACGGUUCUACCGUGACAAAAUUGGAACAUGUCACCCCAAGUGCAGGAUCCAAGCCUGAAGAGCCUGCGUCAAUGAUGCAGCCAGACCCAAUGGAGCAAGGCCGUGACGCCGUAUCAUUGAACGGUAACACGUUUGGCGACUACGCCAUGAUAAACGUCAAUUCGCAGAAUUGCACUGGAGGUGUCAAACAAACGGCUCUUCCGUCCCGAUUUGAUGGGAACAUCUAG